AUGAGUUUGUGUUUCGGACGAUCUACUAUUGGUAGGCCAUACAUCAUCGGUCAUAGGGGAGCAAGCGCAGGGUACCCUGAGAAUACAGUUCUUUCGAUAGAACAAGCGAUAGUAGAGGGAGCGGAUGGCAUAGAAUUCGACAUCCAGAAGACCGCAGACAAUCAAAUAAUUGUCCAUCAUGAUGAAGUCUUGGAUCGAACUACGACCGGGUCUGGUCGCGUCUCUUCAUUUCCAUAUUACGGUGUAAUCGAACACUUGACAACCAAAUCACAUCCACAAUGUCCAAUUCCUCGUCUAGACGACGUUAUCCAUGUCAUGAUGAAACCAGAGAAUUCUCACGUCUUUGCGGUAAUAGACAUUAAACCCAACAAUGAUCCAACAAUCAUAGCUAUACUGGCUGACAUACUAAAGAAAUACUCUGACGAUGUAUCGAUAUUCAAAUCUCGCCUAUCUCUUGGCAUUCGACACACUUUAUUUCUUCCUUACUGCCAUUCUUAUUUACACCAAAUACCAAUCAUGCACAUCGGAUCCUCUCUUGAUAUAGCUCAGACAUACUUUCCCGACGUAGCCGGAUAUAAUCUUACACAUGUAUCAUUAUCAGGAUCCCGUGGUCGGUCAUUUAUAGACAAUGCUCAUGCGAAAGGGCAAUCGAUUUUCGCGUGGGUGGUUAACCGUAACGGUUUGUACAGUGACUGUAGAAGAUGGGGUGUAGAUGGAGUGCUGACUGAUAAGAAUAAGGAUUUUGUAAACAUGUAUGGCAAAAAUGGCAAGUGGGACGAGAAUGAGAACAUAUUAAACUGGAUAGGAAGAAUGAUGAGAGGGUGGUUUUAUGCGAUUGCAAGAGUUGUAAUUCAUCAUGUGGUUAUCAGGCGACUAAAGAAGUACGGUGAGCUGAAAAAAGUAGAUUAG